AGGAGAUAAAGUGUAUGAGUGGGUGAGCUCCUCCCUCCUCUCUAUUAUAAAGAUACAAUAACCACAUCAGAGGGAAAUCCUCAGCACCAGACUGAAGGGAUCACACGGUCCCUUAACAAGAAGAUACUGACAAACCACGAUUCGUGGGGCAUCUCCCUCCUCUCAGCAGGUGCCGAGCACCAGGAAUACCAGCGGGACUGUGCACUUAUUGCUGAGUGACUACUACUAGCCACAUUGAGCCUGGCAGAGCCAAGAGACUACUAGCCACUGUGACCCUGGCAGAGCCAAGAGACUACUAGCCACAGCGAGCCUGGCUGAGCCAAGAGACUACUAGCCACUGUGACCCUGGCAGAGCUGAGAGACUACUAGCCACAGAUAAACUGGCAGAGCUGAGAGACUAUUAGCCACAGUGAGCCUGGCAGUGAUGAGUGACCUGCAGUGUGGCUGCCAGUGAGGGACACUUACCGUCUCCGAGGACUCCAGGCAGCAGACCCCGAGCCUAGCCCCCUGCCCCACCGAGCUCUGAGCAUUAGAGCCCCCGGCAGUGAUGGAGGUGUUUGCCCGGGCAGCCUAUGACAAGGUGUGCCCCAGCGAUCAGGAGGGCAGCCUGGCAUCCCCGCUCUCCGGCAGGGAGGACGAGCUGGGCUCCGAUGGGGACUUUGUAGCCAACAGCCCGACCCCUGCCCUGUGCCCCCGGGACUCGGAGCUGGACACGGACACCGGCAGCCUGGCCGGCGAGGAGGAGGAGGGGGAGGUGAGGCCAGGCCGGGAUGGAGAGGAGGCAGAGGGGGCUGCGGGUUACCGGGCUCCGGGGCCCGAGGGGGUGAAAGCCAAGACCUACACCCGCCGGCCCAAGCCGCCCUAUUCCUACAUCGCUCUGAUCGCCAUGGCCAUCCGGGACUCCGCCACCGGCCGCCUCACCCUGGCCGAGAUCAAUGACUACCUGAUGAAGAAGUUCCCCUUCUUCCGGGGCAGCUACACGGGCUGGCGGAACUCCGUGCGGCACAACCUGUCCCUCAAUGACUGCUUCGUCAAGGUGCUGCGGGACCCCUCCCGGCCCUGGGGCAAGGACAACUACUGGAUGCUCAACCCCAACAGCGAGUACACCUUCGCGGACGGCGUGUUCAGGCGGCGCAGGAAGAGGUUAAGCCGGGUCACCAAGUGCCUCAAAGAGCAGGACCUGCAGGGGCUGCCGGACCCCCAUCACUCCCAGCCAGCCAUGCCCUCCUCCUCCUCCCGGCCAUCCAGCUCGGGACCCUCCCCCAGCCGCCUGCUCCUGGCAGCAUCACCCUCACCCUCCACCGCCAGCAGCCCCCCGUCCUCCAGCAGCCGGGGCCCCAGGGAGGGCGGCUCCGGGGCCAAGUUCUCCAGCUCCUUUGCCAUUGACAGCAUCCUGAGCAAGCCCUUCCAGCGCCGGGAGGACACGGAGCCCCGGGCGGCCGGUGGGAGGAUGCUGUGGCCGGCAGCAGGUGCUCUGCUCCCCGCUGCCCAUUCUGCCCCCUCCUCCUCCUACCCACUAAUGCCCUACCCCGCCACCUCCGCCCUGCACCCCGCAUCAGCCCUCUUCCCGCUCAGCACUCUCGGCAGUAACGCCGCCUCGCUGCACUUACAGCUCUACCGAUACUGCUUGCCCGAAGCCCUCCUCCUGCUCAUGGAUCCCCGGACAGAAGGGCAGCAGCUCUCAGCCGACCCCAGGGAUGAACAUUCCCGCCGCCUCCAUCCCCAUCACUCCCCGCUAUACCCCAGCAAGGCCUUCCCUGAACAUGUGGGGGGCAGCCCCGAGCUCCUGGCCACCAUGAGGACCUCCGGCCCUUACCAUCCCUAUCGGCCAGACAUUGCUAGUAUGACAGGGUGAGGUAUGACAGCCGGAGCAGCAUCUUAUUGUAUGUUUGUUAUUCUGUAUUUAACUGCCACACUCUUAACAUUGUGAUUUCUGUCAGUGUCCACUGUGUUUACAUGGAUAAGUUAUUUAAUGAGGAGUUACCUUCACUCUGGCACUCCCAAUCAUAAAAUGCCAACCACAACGUGUGCCAUGGUAAUUAAAGCCAUUCUCUUCUGAACUAUAGCUACCUACCCGUGUUGGGAUGCUCAGUGAACUCUUUAAUACAUGUGGCUAGUCCUAAUGCAAUGUUUGUAGCCAAUCUGAUGUGCCAAAAGUCUACUUUAUGGUCCAGACCCUCUGCUGUUGGUGUGUGUGCCACAUGCUGUGCACUGGUUAGAAAAACUUUAAAAUAAAAAGUCUUAAUGCAAGAGGUGUGUAAGGAUCCUUAUCUGCACUUUUUAAAAUGACAAAGAUAAAAUGAAUUUUUAUAUAUAACUUUUAGUCAGGUUUAUGAAACUAUGUGCCUUCCAAGACAUAUUUGGAAACAUUACACUUAAGUGAUGUAUUUUAUGUUUAAUUCCAAAGCAUUAAAUUACCUCGACAGCAGCCAAUUUUAUUGGUUGUCACCUUUUUUCUUUCCAUUGUCUGUUUUAACCAUUUGACCUCUCAUGACACGAAUGGUGGCAAUUGUUUACCACAGUUUGACUAUAUGUAUGUCCUAAUCUAUUUGAGUUAGGGUGACAUCUGAAAUUGAAAAAAAAGAAAAGUGGAAAGCCUAGAGGUUGUUUAAUUUGUUUUUUUCUGACCAGCAUUUAUGCAAAGUAUUUGUAAUAUGUAAAUGUAAUAUAUAUAUUUGAGACAAGAGAUACAAUUUGCAUUGUGCCAAAGUAAUGACACAUUUAGAGGUUCCAAUGUCAUUUCUGCUGUAAUCAAACUACCCAAAGUGCCAAAAUAUUGACAACUUUUUUUCCUUUAAAUUAUUUAUUUCUGUUUUAAUAAAACAUGUUUUAAAUGCAGGUUUUACCACUAAUUAAAUGUGGUCCAAUAACUAUACUCAUGGUCUUUAAGAUACAGGUUUGCAAUAACUGUAACAUUCUAUUUCUCUAUAAAACAGGGAAAAAGCCUUAGCACUGCCACAGUAAAGCAGACAAUUUUGUAUUUGUGUUUUUAUAUGUGUAUUUUAUGGAACCAACAAAUAUGACUUGUUUUCAAAUAAAAGUGUAAUUUUAA